CAUGCCGAAAUCACAAUUUUUCCGUACUCCUCCAAUUAAUUUAGCCUCGCUAAAAUAUGAAUCUUACCUUGACGGGGAUAUUUAUGGGGACAAGCUUAUUUUCGUCGAACCCGGAUCGAAUAUUUCUUCAAAAAAUCAUCCUGAAACCUUAGCAGUAACUUCGGACCAAGUACAAAUUCCGUCACCAUUUAUCGUGCAAAUUAUUAAACCUCGAGAAACCGUGUAUUACAGUUAUAUCUGCGAGUUUACAAAUUAUUACAAAUUCUUCCACGAAAAUAAAGUGAAUCACUUUAAAAUGAAUCACUUUAGGCAACAUUUUAAAAAUUUUGCACUUUAGUGAAACAGUUUUAUCGCUUCGCCAAAUUAAGGAAAUUCGUACCAAAUUACCGAAAACAACCUUAUCAGACCCAAGGGAAGCCACCUUUCUGGACUCAUUUCUUCCUAAAGAUGUCACCUUUUUCCCAUGUAUUUUAUUAGAAAGUGAACAAUUUGGUGACCGAGUGGACACCUGGAUUGGACGGAAUUCGCCCCUCUCAAAAUUACAAUUGGCACAAAAUCCGCUCCGUUUAAUGGAACUUUUAAAACUUCAAGUUGGCAUUGUCCAAGGGCUACUGGAUGGUUUGACUUAUUUGCAUUACAAUCUAAAAUACGUGCAUGGAUCCAUUUCUCCGCAAAAUAUGGUGUUCUCCUCAGAAAGUGUGAAACUUUCUGGUAAAAUUAUUUUUUUCUGGGCGCAGACAAAACGUGUUGCGAGGGAAUGAACUAUCCUGGAAAGAAGGAACAAUGGAGGGAGACAUAUUUGCGGCGGGAAUUACAAUUAUGCAAAUUACUCAGUUAUUAGAUAGUCCCAUCAAGAAUUACUCUGUAAAUGGCUCCCCUAAUUUUUUCCGUGUUGAAGAUCAUGCUCUAAUUGGAAAUAUGAAAGAAUUAAUUGUCGGGAUGACUCCGAUUUUGGGAGGAAGUGAAAUUCAAGACAUAACCAAAAUUGAGGAUGCAAAGUUGCAAAUAAAAUCUGGACAAGAAAUUCAAACCAGCAAUCGAGAAGAAAAAGAGUAUAAAUUGGAAACAGGACAAAACAAUGUCGAGAUGGUGGCAAGACUUGCAAAUUUAAUGGAAGACCCUGUAGGAUACGUUUGGCUGAAGCAUUUAACCUUUUUCGGACCACCACUUGGAAAAGGGUCCUACGGCGUUGUGCGGACUGCUUUUGAUAAAAAUACAAAGCGACAUUCCGCCGUUAAGUUGCUAACUACGAGUGUAAUUGAAUCAUCAUGUGACUCCGGUGACGGUGCGGUUGAACCAAAAUUGGAAUUUACCAAUGUGGAGGAAUGUUUUCAUACAAAUUUGGUCAAAUUGUAUCAAUUUCGUCAAUUUUUUCAAUCACAGACAUUUACCAUUCAAACAAUUAUCGAGAUGGAACUUUGCGGUCCAACAUUGACUAUGUUUCUCAACGAUUCCAACAAAUCAGGACAAAUACAGGGUUCCAGAAAAAAUUUACACCUGUUUCAGGUACAAAUUGGGCAAGGUUUAAUUGAAGGGAUGCGUUACCUUCAUAAUCAGAACAUCCUCCACCGCGACUUCAAACCAGGAAAUAUAUUCUUCGCGCUACCAAAAGGUAGCCGUUCUUAUGUAUUACCCAUCAAAAUUGGAGAUUUCGGAUUAUCAAAACAAUUGAUUGGAUUGGAGAUCGACAAUUUGCCAUCAGUUGGGUGUGAUAAAAAUGAUAAGGACAAUUUCGAUCUUACCCUUAAACGGGGAACCCUUGCCUAUAGGGCGCGGGAAGUGAAUUGUGGCGUUUAUGGGAAGCAAGUAGACAUAUACAGUUUAGGUUUAAUUUUAUGGGAAAUAUUUCAAGAUUUAUCACCCAACCGGGAUGAAAUGUUUGCAAAAUUACGAGACACAGGUUCACCUCACUUAAUACCAGAUCAUUCUAAGGUGAGGUAAAAAACUAUGGUUACAUUUACACCUUAGUAUGCAUUCACCCCCCCCCCCUUCGAAAACCUUGACCGCUGCCUACAGCCAAGGGGGUGCGUUUUAGAGAAAAAAAUAAAGAGAGCAAAAAAUCAAUUACGGACCUAAUCUAGUGCUAUUGAAAGGGAUUUUUCGAUAUGACCUCCCAGAAAAAAGUUUUGAUGGUGGUGAAUGGUUGCGUUUCGCAAUUUAAGUAUGAAGGAGACUACCUACAUAGCUGGGUAUCUAAAUUUAUGAAAGAUCGCCCCCACUUUCCUAUAAGGGGAAACAGGAAUUGGGUCAAUUGGUUGAGAAACCAGCGACUUUUCCUUAUAACGGAAAUUUCCGAGUGGUUGCCAUAUAGUAACUAUAUAGUUACACCCUCGCCAUGGAGUAAUUUAUACUUUUAGCCCGUGCCCGGGCUUAUGGGACCGUCAUGUGAAUACGAUAGCCUUGCAAUUUUGCCAUAUUCAUAUUGGACAAAGUUAGGAAACAAGUUCGAAGGUGGGCGAAGUCGGUCAAAUGAUUUACCCGUGGGGGUCAGCU